CCGAGCCCGGCGCCCUGAUCAAGGCAGCGGACGCCGCCCCACCCCGCGAGACCUGGGACAAGAAGGUCGAAUUUCUGCUCGCUGUCAUCGGGUUCGCCGUCGACCUCGGCAACGUAUGGCGCUUCCCCUACAUCUGCUACAAGAACGGCGGCGGUGCGUUCUUGAUCCCGUACCUGAUCAUGCUGAUCUUCGGCGGCCUUCCGCUCUUCUACAUGGAGCUAGCUCUCGGCCAGUACCAUCGCAGCGGCUGCCUCACCCUCUGGAAGAAGAUCUGUCCGGCUCUGAAAGGCAUCGGCUACGCCAUCUGCAUCAUCGACAUCUACAUGGCCAUGUGCUACAACACGGUGCUGGCGUGGUCCGUCUACUACCUGGUGCAAAGCUUCCGUAACGAGCUGCCGUGGACGCGCUGCCAGAACGCCUGGAACACGGCCCGCUGUCGACAGACGCCGCUCAACGAGAGCUGGCCGCCGCCGGACGGCAACGCCACCAGUCCCGCCUAUGAGUACUUCCACUACGCUGUAUUGGAAGUUCAGAAAGCGGACGGAAUCAACGAUCUAGGGUCGGUCAAGUGGCCGCUGGCUGUCUCUCUGCUGGCUGUUUUCGUGCUGGUCUACUUCUCCUUGUGGAAGGGCGUGAAGAGCACAGGAAAGGUGGUCUGGAUCACAGCUCUGUUUCCCUAUGUGGUCCUGUUCACCCUGCUGUUCCGCGGCAUCACCCUGCCCGGAGCCUGGAUGGGUAUCAGAUACUAUCUCACUCCCCAAUGGCACCGACUUAAGGACGUUAAGGUAUGGAUAGAUGCGGCCACGCAGAUCUUCUUCUCGCUAGGGCCCGGCUUCGGAACACUUCUGGCUCUCUCUAGCUACAACAAGUUUAAUAACAACUGCUUCAGGGACGCAAUGAUUACGAGUACAAUCAACUGUCUGACCAGCUUCCUUGCCGGCUUCGUCAUCUUUUCAGUUCUGGGGUACAUGGCAACGGUCCAGAACAAGGACAUCGACUCGGUUGGCACGGACGGUCCAGGUCUCGUCUUCUACGUCUAUCCCGAGGCGGUGGCGAUGAUGUCUGGCUCGGUCUUUUGGGCCAUCAUCUUCUUCCUCAUGUUGAUAACGCUAGGUCUGGACAGCACCUUCGGAGGUCUCGAGGCCAUGAUUACCGGACUCUGUGACGAAUACCCGAACGUGCUCGGCAAACAUCGCGAGAUCUUCGUUGGCUGCCUCCUGGUCUUCUGCUACAUCUGCGCGCUCCCCACCACCACAUACGGCGGGAUGUACGUGGUGGACCUGCUGAUGAUCUACGGCCCCGGCAUAUCCGUGCUAUUCAUCGUGUUCGUGGAGGCGGUCGCCGUCUGCUGGUUUUACGGCGCUAACAGGUUCGCGAGUGAUGUCCGAGAGGAUGAUUGGAUCCAGCCCGGCAUAUUCUGGCGCAUCUGCUGAAUUUGUCAGCCGCUGUUCUUAUUGUUCAUCUUUGUGUGCUCGCUGGUGACGUACGAGGACCUGCGCACCAAGGAGUACGUCUAUCCACGCUGGUCGAUCGCGCUCGGCUGGGGCAUGACGGCCAGCUCGCUCGUCUGCAUCCCCGCCUACAUCGUCUACAUGUUCCUGACCACGCCCGGCUCUUUGAAGCAGCGCUUCUACGUGUGCAUCACGCCGGAGGGGGACCUUGGGCUGAACUCGACCCUGGUGCCGGCGGCGGUCACGGGGAAGGAGGCCGAGGCGCCGCCCACAGCCGUAUGACUGGCCGACGGAUGCCGCCGGCGCUCGACGCCCGACUGCAGCGCCCUCUGUGGCCGACAGCAGCGCUGCCAGCGGGAACUCUGGGCAACUCUCGACAAGCGGCUUUCGCUCCACACAAACGAGUGGUUGGUGUGAGGAGGAGGGCUGGAGAGGAGCAUUGCACUGAAUGCUGCUUGUUGUCUUACGCCUAGGGACCAAACUGGAUGUCCGUCUUCAAGCCAAACCAGGUGCAGUGUGCAGAACACCCUUGAUUAUCUGCAAGUGCGCGCAUUUUCCAAAUGUAACGUGAUUUGUGAUCCUCACGGAAGUCAGGAUUUUGGUAAACUCGGGCACGCCGGCCGUGUUUUUUGUAGAGCCGUGUUGGUCAAUAACAUAAAUGUGCAGCACGCUCUCGGGGAGCUCGUAGGGAACAUGUCAUAGAUGUUAAGUGGCAAGUGCACAGUGUUUGAAACCCUCAGACAUCUUCGUACGUUUGUUAACGUUUAAUGUAAUGUCUUCUUUGUUAUUUUGUGUGUGUACAUGUCCGUUCGCGAUAGUAGCAAAAUAUUGUGACUGUAGUGUCCGUAAAAGAUGCUCUGUUUCUUGUCAACAGGAGCUAAUACGCUGUCUGGGCCCCGCUGCCGAACUUGUAAUACCAACUACCCCUCAAACAGUUUCAAAAUUGUUCACAUAUAAUUUAAUGCAUUGCUUUCGAGACUAACACCCCUACUCAAUUUCCUCGGCCUCCAUUGACGUCUUUAGGUCACAAUGACCGGAUUCCAGUCAGUUUCAGAACAUACCCUCUUGCCCAUCCUACCCCCGACUGUUGAAACAGAUUCCGUGACCCAUCGGACAGCACUUCUUACCGCGGCCGCCGGCGCCAGACCGCGGCACUCACAGGCUGCGCCACCGCUCGUCAAUCACUCCGCAGUGGCCAGCGUGCCGCUCGAGCGCCCACGGCGGUGUGCUCCGCCCCAGCCAUGCGGAGCACACCGCGGCGGCGCUCGUCAGCCCCGCUCUCGACGUCGUGAGCAUCGAAUACAGUCUCGUGAU